CUCCUCCCCCAAAUAUCAAAAUCCCCCCCCCCCCCACCCCCCUCACGCAGCGAAGCUCGAUUCCUACUCCUCCUCACGUCGUCGCCUCCCUCCUCCUCCUCCUCCCCCUCCUCCACCUCUCGCCUCGCCGCCGCCGGAUGGUGCGGCGAUCCCGCGGCAGCUGCUGCCCCGCCGCCGCCCAUUCCUGAGCGCGCGCCGUCGUCGUCGUCGUUUCGGUUGUUGUCGUGGCCGCCGCCGCGGGAGAUGUCGCUGUUCCGGCGGCUGUUCCACCGGCGGCCGCCACAGGGGCUCGUGGAGAUCUCCGACAACAUUUUCGUGUUUAACCACUGCUUCUCCACGGAUUUCUUUGAAGAAGAUGAGCUGAAACCGUACAUCGGAGGCAUCUUGAAACAGCUAAUUGGCCGCUAUUCCAUUGACUCAUUCAUGGUGUUCAAUUUUGAGGGAAGCAAGAAGGACAACCAAAUUGCCUGCAUUUUCUCGGACUUUGAUAUGAGUGUGAUGGGUUACCCACGAAACUAUGAGGGAUGCCCCUUGCUCACCAUGGAGAUGAUUCACCAUUUCGUGAGGUCUAGUGAAAGUUGGCUCUCAUUAGGCCAGGACAACUUCUUGCUUAUACAUUCAGAACAGGGGGGAUGGCCAGUCCUUGCUUUCGCAUUGGCAGCCCUACUGCUUUACCUCCGAAGAUAUAAUAAUGAGAGGAAAGCAUUGGAAAUGGUCUACAAACAGGCACCACCUGGGCUAGUAGAGCACUUCUCACCACUGAACCCGGCUCCUUCUCAGAUGAGAUACUUGAAGUAUGUGUCAAGACGGCACAUGUCACCAGAACAAUGGCCUCCAGCUGAUAGAAUGAUAAAUUUGAAUUGUGUAAUCAUCAGAGGGGUGCCAAAUUUUGAUGGAAAAGGAGGAUGUAGACCAAUAUUGCAGAUUUAUGGUCCAGAUCCUUUUGCUCCUAAUGACAAAAGUACUAAAGUUCUCUUUUCAACCCCAAAGACAAGUGAUUCUGUCCAGCUCUACACACAGGAAGAUUCUGAGAUAAUCAAGUUUAAUGCCCGGUGUCCUGUUCAAGGAGAUGUUGUCAUGGAGUGCAUUAGCCUGGAUGAAAACUUUGAACAUGAAGUGAUGGUGUUCAGGGUCAUGUUUAACAUGGCUUUUAUUGAAGACAACCUAUUGCUACUUGAUAGGGACCAGAUUGACAUUCUGUGGGACACAAAACUCCGGUUUCCUGUAGAUUUCAGAGUUGAGGUUAUAUUUUCGGAGAUGGACACAAUCACAUCGCUUAACUCAUCUCAAUUAUCAAGUGAGGAUAAGGAAAACUUUUCUAGGGUUGAAGAUGCAUUCAGUCAUCUGGAUUGGUCAACCAAAAGCGAUGACGUGACAACUAAUGCAACAGAACAGAAUGGGUCUAACAAUGAGCAUGAUGGCUUUGAUGCAGUAUCUCUUCAGGAAACAGAAAACAGCAAUUCCACAUCUGAACAUAGCUUGCUAGGAACCAGAUCUGUCCAGGUUAUUCAGAUGGAAACAGAACAUAACCAUUCUUCUGCGCCAACGUUCGACAUUGUCAAAGAUCCGGUUGCUGAUACACAUUCCUUGCCAGAAACUUACUCACUUGCACUAGAAUCUCAAGAGCACAAACUCUUUGAAGAUUCAUCUCCAAGGGAGCUACCAAAAUUGGAUACCACCAAGAACAACCCCAACUCCGACCUGCCUUCGGCGAAUUCACGAGACUCAGAAGCUGCUGGUGAUGCUGCUGUUGCUGAAUGGUCAGACACCAACACGGACACGUUCCUGUCAGAUACACCUUCAAGCAGCUCUCCAUCAAGCCCGCAGAAGUUCGAUGAAGAUUCCAUGGAGGCUGGAAUUGUUGAGAUCCAGACACAAACAGCAGAACCUCAAAGAUGUUGAAGCUGCAAAAUUCUUCCUCCUGUAAAUUGGGGCAACACUGAUCACUGGAGCUGCCCAGAAUGUAGUCACAUAUGUCGAUACAUAUACACCUGCACAGUACAUUGGUAAAAAAGAGUGGUUUAUCCAGACCACGAAGCAUGUAUAGCUGUUCUCUUCGGUAAUGGUAAACAUGUACAAAAAUUUCAGAUUGCCUCCAAAUUUUGGAGAAUAUGAGUUCUUGCCGCGAUGCAACUUGGAAACAAAGUCUUUUAUCAUUUUCCUCGCAAAAAAAAUGUUCUUUAUCA